AUGAAGUCUCUUCUCUUCGCCCUCAGUACCUGCGUGCCCUUUGUGGUCGCCAAUCCCUUUGGUGGUGGCUCGUUCUUCGAGCGCGGUGUUUGUGGUGCAGACAACUGUGCAAGGGCUGUCACCGGCACAGCAGGUCAGCCACCUCUUGCAACCCGACAGGCAGAUUGCUCGGCUUUCUUCAGCCCAGCGCCUACGCCGACAGUGCCAACCUACGCUUCGGCUUGCAGUGGUGCCAGUCGCUACAGCAGUGCCUGCUCUUGCCUCGGAAUCACGGCGCCGACGUAUACUUGUGUUAGCUCAGCCCAAGCGACCAGUAUUGUCAAUACCUUUGCUUCAUUCUUGACUGCUCCGCAAGCUCCAGACUUUGCCGCAAAGGCCAACGCACUGUUGGCAGACAACUUCACUGACACCAGCGACUCCAUCAAUUUCCUCGCUGGUUACCCAGCAAGUCACUUUCACAGCAAGGCCGCAUUCAUUGGUGGCCAAGGUGCACAGCCACCGAUCCCGACGUUGACUACACUCGAUAUCUUCUUUUCCUGCAACAAGGUUGCCUGGCGAUGGGUCGCACAGGGCAUCGGGUCUGGUCAGUAUGCUGUCAAGGGUAUCGACACCUUCACAAUCACUCCGUCGGGCCAGAUCAGCCAAGUAUUUGCCGAGUUCAACAGUGCUACUUGGGCAGCGGAUUACGCUGGUGCCUCACCGCCUUCAGGUUCAUCAAGCACCUCGACGACGUCGAAAACGACAACAACGAGCACAACGCCAGGCACAACGGUGGCGUAA